UAGCCUUUAAACACGCAGGUCUGUUGCCGCCCUUAUGUCACGCCCAUACUGGCAGGAUACGCGUUCGAAAAAUUCAAAUUUGAUGUUAACAUACGAAAAUAUUAAUAAUCUAUUUUAGAUCCGAAAAAUAAAGUGUUGCCAUUAAAAAAAUUGAUGUUCAAAGUGUAAAAUGUUUAUGUCAGUGUUUUGUUUGUGAGUGUUCGGAAAGUUCGCUUUUUAUUUCCGGUAACGGCGUGAUUUUAUUGGCGGCAAGAAAUAAGCCAAAAUGUACGGGUUGCUCCUGGAAAACAUGGCGGAGUACAUCCGCCAGACAUAUGGGGAGGAGCGGUGGGAAGACAUAAGGCGGCAGGCGGGGGUGGAACAACCCUCCUUCUCCGUCCACCAGGUCUACCCCGAGAACCUUAUCACCAGGCUCGCGAAGACUGCUCAAGAGGUACUAGGCAUAUCAGAACGAGAGUUCAUGGACCAAAUGGGAGUAUAUUUCGUCGGCUUCGUCUCACAAUAUGGCUAUGACAGAGUCUUAUCAGUGUUGGGCCGACACAUGAGGGAUUUUCUCAAUGGAUUGGACAACUUACACGAAUAUUUAAAGUUCAGUUACCCCAGAAUGAGGGCACCGAGUUUCAUAUGUGAAAAUGAGACAAGACAGGGACUCACGCUACAUUACAGGUCGAAACGAAGAGGUUUUGUCUACUAUGCCAUGGGGCAAAUCAGGGAGGUAGCCCGCCACUUCUACCACAAGGAGAUGCGGAUAGAGCUCCUCCGCGAAGAAUUGCUGUUCGACACAGUGCACGUGACCUUCCAGCUGUUCUUCGACAACCGCGCGUUCACACUGGCUUCGCUGGCUAUGACCAGGGAGGAGAAACAUCUGCCAAUCAGCGCGGCCGUGCUCUUUGAGAUCUUCCCCUUUUGUAUUGUCUUUGGAUCAGACAUGGUAGUGCGAAGCAUCGGUAACUCGUUGAUGGUGAUCCUGCCAGACCUGGUGGGGAAGAAGAUCACCAACUGGUUCGAUCUGGUCCGGCCUCUCAUUGCUUUCAAAUUUCAAACAAUUCUGAACCGCACCAACAACAUCUUCGAGCUGGUGACGGUGGAGGCAGCCAUGCACGACAAGGCUCCGGACAAACGGAACGAGUUGAUGCGGCUCUCCGACGAGACUGACGGCGUCACCGAGAAGAACCUGAGGCUGAAAGGCGUCACUACUACUAAGAAGCGCUUUGCUUAUGACGGGAGACGAUUGCCUGACCAUAUAAAAUUACAUCUCAAAGGUCAGAUGAUCUACAUGGACAACUGGCGCAUGAUGAUGUACCUCGGCACUCCGGUGAUGCCUGACCUCUCAGCCUUGGUCUCCACCGGGCUUUACAUCAACGACUUAUCCAUGCAUGACUUCAGUAGAGAUCUAAUGCUGGCUGGCACGCAGCAAUCUGUGGAACUGAAACUAGCUCUGGACCAGGAACAGCAGAAGAGUAAGAAACUGGAGGAGUCUAUGAGGAAAUUGGACGAGGAGAUGAAGAGGACAGACGAGCUGUUGUACCAGAUGAUACCGAAGCAGGUGGCGGACAGGCUAAGGAAUGGGGAGAACCCUAUAGAUACCUGUGAGAUGUUCGACAGCGUGUCCAUCUUGUUCUCUGACGUGGUGACCUUCACUGAGAUCUGCUCCCGCAUCACGCCCAUGGAAGUAGUCUCCAUGCUUAACGCCAUGUACUCCAUCUUCGACACACUCACCGAGAGGAACCGGGUUUAUAAGGUUGAAACAAUCGGAGACGCGUACAUGGUGGUGUCAGGAGCCCCGGAGAAGGAAGACAACCACGCAGAGAAGGUCUGUGAUAUGGCUCUCGACAUGGUCGACGCUAUAACUGAUCUGAAGGACCCUAGCACAGGCUCUCACCUUUCCAUCCGAGUGGGGGUCCACUCAGGCGCAGUAGUGGCCGGCAUCGUCGGCCUCAAGAUGCCCCGAUACUGUUUGUUUGGGGAUUCAGUCAAUACAGCUUCGAGAAUGGAAUCUACUUCCGAAGCUAUGAGGAUACAUAUCUCCCAGACUACGCAGGAAUUGCUAUCGCCGUCUUAUAUGGUCACCGAGAGGGGGGAGAUCCAGGUUAAGGGAAAAGGAUCAAUGAAGACCUAUUGGCUAGAAGGUCGUGAAUCAAGACCUUCGUUAACCAAAAUGAUAUCCCCUCAACUCCAACCUGGCACAGAACUGGAAUGGGAAAGGGCGGCAGACGUGAGAGACAGUAUAGCAGAGCAUUCGGCUAUGCAGCACAAUAACAAGGAUAGUUCUGGAAAUUUCACUCAUCUACCGAACGCAGUCAAUUCUGGACCUAAUUCCCUAGUCAAUAGCGCUGGAAGUCUAAUGGCGGUGCAGCCAGCGACGCCAGGCUUGAAGAGUUCCCAAAUGAGGUCGAGCACUCCAGCGCCGACGGUGACGUCACCGGUGGAAGAGAGACGGAUAUAUUCCCCCGUCACGUUCCAGGACGUCGCGCGGAGGAGCAUCGCCAACUCCCCCAACAGGACCGACAAGGACCGCGGUAGAGACACAAGGUCAAAUUCCACUAGUUUCGCGGGACCUUGGAAUGACACCGAGUUCACGGACCCCGCCAAGACUUCCGACAGCCUCAACUCUUCAUUCUGUUACAGUUCAACAUCCCCCUGCAGAGCCGGAACAGCCGCAAGUUACAAAGAAAGAGAACUCGACAAUUUUGCCGAUAAUAUGUGCGUACCCCGUAUGACGCCGUCGCAUUCAGCCCCGCCAUUAGCAGGAGACUCGUGUUCCACUCUCAGACCGGAGACCAGCUCCUCGGUGUCCCCUAGCCAGGGCAGGGAAGAAAUUGAAACAGACACGGAAUACCAAGACGCACAUGCAGAAAUAUCUCAAAUCCCACACGUUUGCAGCGUCCCCGAAUCAAUCGUUGAUCCAGGUCACACUAGACCUGGCAAAGUCGGUAGAUUUAAAUCCAAAAUAGCCCCUGGUCACAAAAGCUGCUUAUCUCAAAAAUCUAAGGACUCCAUUAAAGAGAAAAAUCCACCUCAAAAUGUGCAGCCUCAUGGUCAUCAUCAUUCGAAAAAUGUGAAUCAUCAUCAGUGUUGUGGUGCUUUUGGGAAUCCCCAUGUUAGGCAUAAAUCUAGUAAUUCUAGUUGUCAUCUUAUUUAAAAUCGUUUUAAAGCCCAUUUUUGUAAUUUGUUCUUGUAUUAGCUUUUGUGUUGUCUCUUGCAGAUCUGUUCUGAUUUUCACUUCUCUAAUGUAUUAAAAAUACUGUAUUUGAAAGAAUAAUUCGAAGGAAAGGACUGGACCAUAGGUGUUCUAUAAAGGUAUCUUUAUCUAUUAGGGAUAGGUAAAUCACACUUUUUAUUACAAUAUUUUUCUGUGAGAAAAAUUAACGCGAAGAAAAUUGAUGUUUCUUUUUCGAAGUAUCAAUUUAAAAAGCAACGAAUUUAAUUGACACAUUAUAGUUUUAUUUAUUUCUUUAAAUUAUUUAUCGUUUAAUCGACUUGUAUACGAUAUUUCUUUAAUAUAAUACCUACAGUGCUUAUAUUGUUAGUUGGAUGUAAAUAAUUCUUAUAGGAUUGUGGAUGUUCACUAUCACUAUCAAUAAUAUCACCGUUGUUAAUAUCAGUAUUGUUAGUGUUAAUCGCUGUUAUAUGUCGGCCUAUUGUCGUACUAUUAUAUGUAUUUUCCUAAAUUUUCACUUCUGUGGGAACACUAUAUUUUUCUAGUCUGUACAAGUAUUGUUAAAUAAGUAUAUAGUCACAAUUAGUUAAGUGCAAUAUUUGUUUUAGUCACGAAUCACGAUUUGAGAUAGUCGAAUUGUUGUUAAGAAUUAUUUAUUAGAGAUCUCAGUACACGACAUCCCAAAGAUUUAUUCCAAUGUUAUUACAAAUUAACAUAUGAGCUUUACGCAUCGACAAUAGAAAUUUAGUAAAUAAAUGUAAACAAAAUAAUAUUUAAUAUGUAACGCUGUAUAACAGUGAAUUUUAUGAUAUUGUUAAAAUAGAUUAAUUUGUUGAGCAUGAACAUAUGAAAGUGAAAGACUUAUACAAUUCUACUCGUAAAUUAACUAAGCAUAAUAUUUACAUUAUCAUAAAUUAUUUUAUUGCUGUGAAUUCCAUUAUUAUACAUGCCCAAUGCCCAUGCUAUUUAGAAAACUUUAAUAAAACUUAUGAGAUUCGUAGAUUUCUUAAAGCGAUUCUAUUUUAUGUAUUUUAUACAAAAACAUUGCUACUUAGUAGCAGAUUAUAUUUUAACUACAGUUUAAUACAGUUGGCUACAAUACUCAAUAAUAUUAAGCAGAUGUUAAUAUUGUUCUUUCUGUCAUCAAAGAGUCUCUUAGACGAAAUAUCAGUUUGGUUGUGCGAUUUUGAUUGAUUAGGCGGGGACACUACAGUGCAGGUUAUCGAAUUUGGUUCUAGAUGGCAAACAAAAUAAUUUCUUUCUUGAAUUAUUAUUUGCUUUGUUUUAUGAAAUCAAGUUACCAAGUACUCAACAUGCAAUUAAAAGUUUUAUUUUAUUAUCUAAACAUUUUAAACUACGACACUACACAAGAUACAUUUAUAGUUAAGGCACCAGCAACGAUGAAAUUUCUAUUUAAGUGUUGCAAAUGAUAAUUUUUGUUUGAAGAAGAAACCAAAGACUUUCAAACUGAACACGCAAUGUCUAUUUAGUUAUAAACAUAUGUGUGAAAGAAAAACAAUUUAUUUUAAGUAUAUAACAAAUAAUGAUAACAACAUAAAAUUUUUUGGCCGUUGUAAAUCUGUCACAUCACGCAACAUCAAUCUAAGAUGGGUGUUGGACAUUCCCAUUAUUACAUUACCUAUACAUUGUUGGCCAAGCAUAGUUAAAAAACAAUGAACCAGGAAUCAUUUUUAAAUAAUUUAUAGUAAGGACUAUCAUAAUGGCGCGCUCUUUGCUACAUAUACUUAAUUAAUUAUAUUACAUUUUAACCGACUUCAAAAAAGAAGAGGUUUUCAAUUCGUCGCGAUCUUUUUUUUUAAUAACUCGACCGCUCACGACCACUCAACUAGCUACCAAGAAACUUAUAUUUUUAUAUGGUUACAAAAAAAUACUAUUUCUAUGCUGUUAGUUUUACUGUGACAAUCCCAGUAAUUAAAUGCCAUAUGAAUGUACCAUUGAACAGGAUCAUUAUAGGUACUACAACAAAAAAUGUUGACUAUCGUUUAUUUAUCAACAUACGUAGCUGUAUGUUAAACAUCGGCCCCCAAAAAUAGGGAAACCCCCGGAAAACAUGCAAUUAAGCUUGUCCCUCUAUUAUUACUCGAAACUAAACUACGGUAUAUCUAAACACACUCGUAAACUUACAAUUUAAGACUAUCUAAUUCCAGGAUAUACAUAACAUAGGAAAUUUAUUUAUAGCGAGCAUUACUAAGGAUUCGCGGAAACAUUUCCGUAGCGCGGUAGAGUGGAUCAGUUUACGCAACUGCGCGUUGGUAACCAUUACGUCACGGUUGUGCAAACUAGGAAAUUUCUCCUCAUUAUAAAGCGAAUUUUCGUAUCAACUUUAAACUUCCCGUUGAGAAAUUGUGCCUGUAUCACUUUUUAAUCAUGCCGUUGAGUUUCGUGGUAUAAGACCAAACUAUAAAUGAGUUAGAGAGGUAUUACUUAGAUAUGUCGCGGAGUAUAUGCGUGCCACUUGUCUGACAACUAGGCAUGCCGACGACCGUGCGAAGUGGAGACGAAAAAGUAGGAAAACGGACCCUGAGCUCCGACGCUGGAUGGCUGAGGAAGAAAUCAGGAAAGCGCUUUGAAUUCUUUCUUACAAAAAAUAGAAAAUAAAAGUUUAAUACAUAAACAUUGAUUUUCGAACUGAAGAUUUGUCCAGUGAACGAAAUGGACAGUUUAGUUAAUUACUUAUUUAUUUUAUGUAACAAAUAAAGGCCCGUGCUAACCGAACGUUUACCCAGCACAUAUUGUAUGGAAUGUUAACGCACGUGUACACACAUGCGUUAAUAUUCCAUACAAUCGUGCAGCAAAAGUGCCACUCAGGAAUUCGGUGUGCACGGGCCUUAAUUAAUUAUUUUUAUAAAUCAAACCGUUUAUCGCUCGUUGCUGGUCCUUCACGCUAUUUAUUCUUCUACUAGCGAUCCGUCCCGGCUUCGCUCGGGUAAAACCAUAAUAAAUUAUACACUUAAACGUGAGGAACCACACUACACUACCUAUUGGUGAAAACAGUCCGGCAGUUUUUGAGUUAACGCGUUCCGACAGACUGUCAGGACAGGCGGACUUUUUAUUAUAUAAUAUAUAAUUGUGUUUAUUUCCGACGUUUACAUAAUACUAUACGAAUAAAUUGCAGGUGAAUUUUAAAAGUUACGUCUUAAAAAUACUCAAUAUUUUUAUGAUUAUUUGCGAGAACGUAAUCGUGUCGAUAUCGAGGUCAAAAGGGACAUUAAUCGUUCUGUUUACGCCACAGAUUUAAAAACGUAAUUGUUUUUGGUGUGGUUUACGCACAAUAGAGGCGCAAUUCAAUUUCCAUAACGAUGCGAUUACGUAUUCGACGAGACUAGUGCUAAACCAAUAUCAAAGAGAGAAUUGAACAAAACAACCGAUUGUAUUGUUGAGUCAAUUAUGAUAUUUUUUAUCUAGUCCUUUUGAGAUUAAAAUGUACAUGUACUUAUUUUUUUUUUGUAGAUAGGUUUUUAUUACUCCUAUAAUAAUUUAAAACAUACACAUUCAUGUUUUUUUACAUUUUAAAAUUUGAUUAAUUUUAAAGCAAAACAUUGUGAAUCUCACUUUUGUCGUAAU